CACGGCACUUCCUCCCGGAAGCGGAAGCGGUGGCAGCAUGCUGGGCGCGGGGCGGGCGGUGCUGGCCGGCUGGGCCCGGGCAGGUGAGGGCGGCGCGGGGCCCGGACCGCGACCCCCGCCCCGCGUCCUGCCCCUGCCCCUGCCCGACGGCCGCGGGGCUCCGGGGGACGCGCAGGGCUGGCGGCGGGCGCUGGAGGCGGCGGCGCGGGCGCUGCAGGCGGGGGGGCUGGUGGCGCUGCCCACGGACACCAUCUACGGCGUGGCCUGCCUGGCCCAGGACUCGCGCGCCGUCCGCGCCGUCUACAGCCUGAAGGGCCGCGACGGCACCAAGCCCCUCGCCAUCUGCCUGGCCGGCGUGGAGCACGUCUACAGGUACUGCCACGUCAACGUGCCAGAGCAGCUUCUGCGGGACCUGCUCCCCGGACCCGUGACGCUGGUGCUGCAGCGCUCGGACGGACUCAACAAGGACUUGAACCCGUUCACAUCACUGGUCGGAGUUCGCAUUCCAAACCACGCCUUCAUCAGGGAGCUGGCGCAGGCUUGCCCAGGACCCCUGGCUUUAACGAGCGCUAACGUCAGCUCUCAGGCGAGCACGCUCACCGUCUCGGAAUUCCAAGACCUUUGGCCUCAGCUAUCCUUGGUCGUUGAUGGCGGUCCGAUUGGAGACACUCAGAGUCCAGAAUGUCGUCUGGGAUCGACGGUGGUCGAUUUGUCUGUGUCUGGGAAAUACACUAUUAUUCGGCCAGGCUGUGCUCUGGGUCCUACAGUCGAAAUCCUGAAGCAGAAGUACGGCUUGACGUUGGAACCUUCUUGAGAAACUGAACUCUGCCGGAGCCCUGCAGGGUCGGGAAAGCUGGGCACUGUGUGCCUGUGUCCUCAGGAGUCCAGUGUCAUGGCCUUGUUUAAUAAGGCCCAUCAUCUUCCUGUCCGAACUCAUUACACGAGUGCCGGUGACUGAGUGCCUGCAUGCUGGCGCUUGGUCUGCUGGACUUUGGUAAGGAACCAAAUCAGGGUUUGUGUCAUCUCCCUUGGACUAUUGUAAUAUCUCCAAGCACCCUUGUGCGGAUGGAUGUGUUUGCCCAAAUUGGAGAGACAUUUCAGCUUUGAAAUAAAAAGGAAAAAACCCCUGAA